AUUCAAAAACCAUUAUCAAAAUUAUGCAAUAAAAAAAAAAAACUUUAACUCAUCAGCGGAAAUAUAAAUAGGAAGGGAGCGCGGUGAGAUUAGAUUCUCUUUCCUUUCGACUCGCGAGAGAUUUGGUGGGAAAGGAAGAAGAACCGAUAGGAGGAGAGAGAGAGAGAGAUAGGGGAUAGAGAGAGAAAGCCCAACGGAAAAAAAAAUCACCCGAUUCCACGCCAACGACGGAAUAAGGGUUUUCUGUGGUUUUUCUUUGCCCUUUCCUUUCCCUCUCCUCCAUCUUCCAAUCCUAAUCUUCUCCUCCACCACCACCUCCUCUCUUCCGAAUUUUGGGAAGCCGCUGCUUCAGCAAUGGAGAAGAAGAAUUCCGCAGCUUCUUAACGAUUCCUCUCCUCCCUUCCCUUCUCUCUUCCCCUCUUCCUCCAGAAGAAGGCGAAACGCACCUGUCGAACCAGAAGAAGAGGGAAGGAAUUGGGAGAAAUCUCUCGCCCCCGCCGGUCAGACGAGCUAUGGUUGCUACCUCUACCUCCGCUGCUGCCGCAGUCGCCGUCCAGGUUCAGGCUGCUGCUGGAUGCGUUCAAAUCGGCGACAACAAGGAGUCCCUGGUGGAUUCCUUCCUCGUCGAGGCACUCCAGAAUCCGCGCCACCGUCUCACCAUUCUAAGGAUGGAGCUUGACAUCCAGAGAUUCCUACAGAACGCCGAACAACAGCAAUUUGAAUUCCAGCAUUUCCCUACGUCAUACCUCAGGCUUGCAGCACACAGGGUAGCCCAACACUAUGGGUUGGUCACCAUGGUACAGGACAAUGGAGUAGACGGACAACUGAAUAAGAUUGUGGUUAGAAAAACAGGAGAAAGCAGCAGAUGCCCUUCUGUCCGGUUAUCAGGCAUUCCUGCUAAACAGUCGGACGGUGACCAACCAGAAAAGGUCAAGAUUGCUAUUCGGCCUCGACCUAACAAUGCUGCAAAUGGCUCUAAUGACUUCGGCCUCAAACGAAGCCCCGUGAGGAGUGUUGAAGAGAGGAAGGAGGAGUAUGAUAGAGCAAGGGCUCGUAUUUUCAGUUGCCCCGGUAGCCCAAGCUCGGAUGAUGUGAUGUCUCAAGGUCCUACGGACAAGAAAGUUAUAUCUUCAGUACAGGAUGAGUCUGAGGGUUGGAGGAACCCUCCAGUUGAUCCUAUCAACAUCAGGGAUGGUUCUUCGUCUCGGGUUGCCAUUUUCAGAGACAGGGAGAAGGAUUGUUUUGACCCAGAUUAUGACCGUAGUUACAUGAGGUAUGGUAGGGGUGCCCUUAAUAACCAGUGCUUCAACAUGUUGCCAUUCAACGUUCACAAGGUGCAGAUGCCCUACAUUCAGUACGAGACCGGUUUUCCCCAAUUGGUUCCGAUGGUGAGGAAUCAAGGUUCGCUUGGGUACGGACAUCCGGCUGCAAACCCAGUUUUGAACCCCUACUGUGCUGUUGGGGCAAACCAAAUGGCACCGGACGCAGCAGCAUAUGCUCAGUGGCCAAGUGCAUCUAUGAUGUAUGCACAUUCCUAUGACCAGUUUAGGCACGCAGUUUUCCAGGCUCCAUUCUGUCAGCAGCCACUGACGUUCGAUUACAGUCAAAACCAUUAAAAUGACAGCAGAUCCUAGGUUUGUAAUUGUAUUGCCAAUUAGCUAUAUGUACUCGUCGAAAACUUCUCUGUUUAGUUAAAAGAACUGCAGCAGUCGGGUUGCUUGGUUGCGUACCUUCUGUUAUCGUUGCUUUUUCUCUCUUCGUUCCUCUUCUGAUGACUUGAAAAUUGUAGUAAAAGGACUGUAACUGUUUCUGUCACAUCUUGGGUUCUGCAUUGCAGUACCUCUGUUUUCUUACUACUAGUACGCAGGUUUAUGUUUGUUCAAAUGGUGUCACCGUUUUACCUACUGUUCUCGCCAGGUCUCGCUAUGCAUCGUAAAUCGUUAGUAUCGUCGGUUUAAUCUCUUCUACUG